AAAAAAACGCAAAUUUUUAAGAAAGAAUAUACUAUGUACAGAUUCUGUUAAUUAAUUAAUAAGUAUAAAACAACAUCCAACUAUUAUUUUCUAGCAUGAUACAGAAUGAUUGACUUUUAUUACUUGCCAGCGAGUGUACCAUGUCGAGCUGUUAUGAUGCUUGCUAAAGCAAUAGGUGUUCGAUUGAAUUUAAAAAUUGUUGACAUUUCAAAAAGAGAACAAUUGAAAUUCUCAUUUAUUAAAAUAAAUCCUCAACAUACUAUUCCAACAUUGAAUGACAAUGGUUUUAUUUUAUGGGAGAGUAAAGCAAUUAUGAUAUAUUUGGUAAGUAGAUACGCUAAGAAUGACACUCUCUACCCUAAAAAUCCACGAAGAAAGGGUAUUGUGGAUCAAAGACUAUAUUUCGAUAUUGGGACAUUAUACAAAAAUGUUUACAACUCCUACUUUGGCGUUCUGAUGGGAAAUGAAAAGAAACCCCCCGAGAAAGAGAUUCAAGAUUUGGAAAAAUCCUUCGAAAUAUUAAACGUAUUUCUUCAGGACACGAAAUUUGUUGCUGGAAACUGUCUAACAAUUGCUGAUUUUAGUAUUGUUACUACAACCAGUACUGCAGAGGCGUUUGGAUUUGAUAUCGGCAGAUACGACAAUGUUGCAGCUUGGUAUAAUCGUUGCAAACAAGAUAUGUCGAAAUUUGGUUUCGAUGAAAUUAAUAUUACCGGUGCUAAAAUUUUAGGAAAUAUGUAUAAAAAAAAUUUCACCCCUGCAUGAGAUCUUCCCGUCUAACACGAGUGUAAUAAAAGUCUAUUUUCUUCCGA